UGACAAACCGUAACCGUAUUGGAACUGAAAGGUUUAGUGCUUUGUUAAUUUUUUCGUUUGUAUCUCUUUCUCUUUGUCCAUUGAACUUUGAUUCUAUGGAAGUUUAAUUUAAGCGGGGCGGAUAAUGUUAAAAGUAAUAUAUAUCAGCUACGUCGAGAUUUAGACGGGGAACGCCUAAAACCGAAAGAACAUCACCCAAAAAAUACAGAGAUUCUCGAUAUUUCCUGGGUGACGCCGGAAGCCUUAAAGCCUAAGGGAGCAUUGAAAUCUCCAAAGGCACACAGGCAUACGUGCGCGAACAAGGUAAGCUCAUCGAUGCCACAGAGGCAGAUUUUUCAGUGCUACAUUUGGCCCGUACGCCUAUAAAUUGACUUAUCAAGCUGGAAGAUGUCUGACUCCGGUUCAGAGAGUUCAUCAUCGGAAGGUUACCCCGCUAGAAGAAAACAACUUAAUCCUGGGGACGAUGUGACUUCUACACGUUUUUCACAACGAUCUCCUUCUCUCUCCGAUAGGAAGUCCCCAACGAGUUCUAUUUCUUCCAGAGGAAAAUCACCGGGUUCUAUUAUGUCUGCUGAUAGAAGAUCUAAAUCACCAAGAUCAACACCGGCAUCACCAAAAUCACAAAGAUCCGAAUUGAUGUCUCCUAGUGAAGAUGGCUCUCCAAGAUCUCCUAGAUCACCUAGAUCACCAAGAUCUCCUAGAUCGCCACGAUCUCCUAGAUCACCUAGAUCACCUAGAUCACCAAGAUCACCUAGAUCUGAAUCCCCAUUAUCAAAGUCACCACCUGCUUCCCCAAAAUCUUAUCGGUCUGGCAAUAAUUCGAUUGAUUCACCACGUUCUGAUCGUAGUUCAUCAAGGUCACCUAUUCAAGAUGAAAGAUCUUGUCUUUCAACGCCGAAUGAUUCUAAAUCUUUACUUUAUGGUGAUUCUGAAGCAAAGUCAUAUGAUUUUGAUGGGGAUACUCAAAAAUCCAGAGACAAUUCGCCAAAAUCAAUUUCUUAUAGAAACAGCGAAUCUAGACAGAGUUCACCUAAAUCACCAAGAUCAGGACGUAGUUCUGUCAAAUCUCUUCUAUCAGGAAGAAGUUCACCAAAAUCUUAUAAAUCUGGUCAAGCGUCUCCCAUUGAUGAUCGCGAAUCUGAAAAACAUUCGCCUGAACGAUCUCCAGUUAAUAAAAAUAAUUCUUUUAAUGAAUUAGAUGGAGAACAGAUAUCGGAUGGUGACAUAGAUGACGAACCAGAACCUGUUCCUAAAUCAAAACCAGCUCAAAUAUCUCACGGAGAAGACUUGUCUGAUGUAUCUGAUCUUGAAAGUAUGGAUGGUGCAGAAGGAUCUAUCGAUCAGGAGAGAGAUUCUAUCAAAGAAAAAAGGGAUGACGAUGAACCCAGUACAAAGAACGAUGAUAAAAUUGGACAAGAGGAAAAAACUGCUAGCGUUAACAUAGAGGAAAGUGAACAACUUGAUUUUGAAGCUGAUGGUCAAUGGAAAGAUGAACGUGAUGAAGGUGACGCAGACAUUCCUGCAAUUAAGGAACACAAAGAUAAAUUAGAGAAAGAUGCUAAAGAAAAAGAUAAAGAGAAAGAUAAAGACAAGGAUAAAGAUAAAGACAAAGAAAAAGAUAAAACGAAGGUAGCUGACAAUGUAGGAGCGAAUGAUAAAGAAGAGGGUGAAGAAGAUGGUGAUAAAGAAUCCGAAUUGGAAGAAGGUGAACUUAGUGAUGGAGAUGAUGCUAGACCUGAAGAAACAGAACCAAGACCUGUUUGUAGAUUUUAUAAUCGUGGACAAUGUACGUGGGGUGUUAGCUGUAGAUUUUUACAUCCCGGUGUAACCGACAAAGGUAAUUACACAAUGUUCGACAUGGUACGACCAAUGGCCUAUCCUCCGCAUGCUGCUGCACCCCACGAAUAUCGUGCACACAUCGAUAGACCAAGUAUCGUUCGACCAUUAACUGCUUAUGGUGGUGCACCACCUCAUGCACCAAAAGUAGAAGAACUGCCAACCGAGUCUGCCUGGGAACGAGGAUUAAGACAUGCCAAAGAAAUGAUGCGUAAAGCUAACAAACGCAAAGAAUCCGAUAUGGAUUUCGAAGAGAAAAAAAUGAACUUAAGUUUAGGACAAGAUGAGUUAGAUCGUGAAGCAGGAUAUUAUGUACGAGCUGCUAGCCCUGAACCACCUGUUGAAAGGUGGCCACCUAGGGAACCACCACCAAGAAGGAUACCACCACCUAGAAUCACACCUGAACGGUACAUCGAUGAGCCAGAAGCUUAUUAUCCACCUCCUGCAGCACCACCUGAUUAUUAUCGGAGAGUGCAUUACAAAUCAGAUUCUCGAGCUUCCGGGGAAUAUCGGGAACGUCUCGAGUAUCAUGGAAUUCCACGGGGUGCACCCCAUUCCGUUUCACCACCACCCCAUACCAGAGAACGCGAACGUGAAAGAGACAGAGAAAGGGAACGUGACAGGGAACGUGAGUAUUACGAGAAGUAUGAAAAGAAGCACAAACGACCAUCUAGGGAGGUCAUAGUUGAACGCAUACCACCUACCAAAACUUGGCGUGAAGAGGAACCACCACCCAUGGAAAGAGGUAGAGGUGAUGAAUGGGCAGAUCCAUGGAUGCGUCGUAAAUCACCAAGUACGGUGCGUCGCAAUACGGCAUCGUCCAGACGUUCAAGAAGACAAUCCUAUUCAUCUGGAUCAUCGUAUUCAUCGACCAGUUCUAGCCGUAGCUCGAGCCGAUCUAGCUACAGUUCUUACGACUCCCUAUCCAGGUCCCGUUCACCUACUCCUCCCUCUAGAACCCGCAGCAGUGGAAAAGGGAAAGCAACGGUCCCUUCACCACCUGCGAGCGCAGCAGCAGUUCCUUCUGGAGCACCACAGCGUGGUGCUAUGCUAAUGAACCCACCGGCUCCUUCUCCUCGUCCACCCAAAGGCUCCAUCUCUCCUACUACGGGAACGUUACAUCGACGUGCUGGUUUGAAUCCACCUGCACCAAGUCCGUUGUCAUCUCAUCAACGACAUCAUGAAAAAUCAAGGGACAAAGCAGCCAUUGCUGCUGCUGCAGUGGCUAAGGUUAUCAAAAGUAGAUCUAGGUCUAGAUCUUCUCAUAGUAGUUCCGGAUCAGAAAGUAGCGGUAGCAGUAGCGAUUCUAGCGAAUCAAGUUACUCGUCGUCUUCCAGUGAAACACGUAAAAGAAAAGAUUCAACACCACCAUUGACACGCAAAGAUUCCAAAGCGAUAGACGCUUUGAAGCUUAGCGGUACAAAGCAACAAAUAAAACUUACAUUGAAACCGACAAGUAACAUUUCAACGACCAAGAAGAUAGAUCGUUCGACAAUAAUGGCUGGAAAGAAGAGAAGUUUAGAAUCUCCACCUUUAAUUGACAGUAAAGCAAGUGUUGCUGCUGCUGCUGCCAAAGCUGCUAAAAAAGCAAGCUCACGUCGUGAAGAAUUAUUGAAACAACUGAAAGCUGUCGAAGAUGCUAUUGCACGGAAGAGGUCGAAAGUUUGAACUCUUACUUUAUGGAAUAUAAUUAUUAUUAUUAUAUAUAUAUAUAUAUAUAUAUAAAAGUUUAAGAGUUUAACAAAAAAGAAAGAAAACGAGAGAAAAUCCCCAGGACGUGUUGUGUGACGCUGCUUCGUCGUUUUUCUUGCUUUAUAUUCAUCACCAUCAUCAUCAUCAUCAUCAUCAUCGUCGGAAAUCGUUUAUAUUAUUAAUACGAUGUAUUAAAAAUUUGCAUAAAUAAUAAGUAAAAA